ACGCGGUGUUUAGAAGUUGAACCAGAAAGAGAUCGGAUCGCAGCGUCCCCCUGAUUUGUUUCCAGUCAUCGCCUGGGCGCAAGGAACAAUUCGCGAAGCAGGAACAAUGCGGGUCUGAGUCAGUCAGUCAGCGCCGAGUGAAAUAGCCGAUUUGGAACGUGUUCCAUUCCUCGGCCACACUUCCACCUCCGGACUACUGGGAAUAAUAUGAGCAAAGACACAUCAGGGUGUAGUAGAGAGAGUCGGGAGCGGCAGCCGCCAUGCAGGCACUGAGAGCCAUCAGUCUGCACUCUCUACUGCGAGUCCUUUGGCUUUUCCAGAGUAAGGUCCUGAGCGCAGGGGCUGAGCACGUUAUAGAUGAUGCGGUGGGAGACCUCCUCCUCCUGAUGGACAGCUCUGGAAGUAUCUUGCCUUAUGAAUUCACUGGGUUGAAGGAGUUUGUUGUUGACUUACUGAAGCCAUUCACCAUUGGCCCAAAGGAUGUGCAGAUCGGCUUUGUGCAAGUCAGCGAUGACCCGGUAGUGGAAUUUGAAUUUGAUAUGUAUACGUCAAACCCUGCUAUGCAGUGGGCCCUCCUGAACAUGAAGCAGAAACUUGGAGAUACCAACACUGGCAAGGCAUUGAUGCAUGCCAAAGACACCAUGUUCACAGCGAAGGCAGGCGGCAGACCAGAUGUCCCAAAGGUCCUGGUCUGGCUGACCGAUGGGGUGUCAUCGGAUGACAUAUCAAAGCCCAUCCAGCUCCUGAAGGACCUUGGGGUUACAGUUUUCAUUGUUAGCACAGGCAGGGGAAACUACAUUGAGUUGAAGGCUGCUGCUAGUAAACCAACAGAAAGUCGCCUGUAUUAUGUGGACACUGACGAUAUGUAUGUUAUUAUGGAGGAGCUGCGGAAUGAAAUUCUAGAGAUUAUCCGGGUGAGAAAGCUGAGAGCGUUAGACAUCACAGCAAGCAGCUUCCGCUUGCUCUGGCCCAGGCUGCUAAGUGGCAACACCGGCUACUAUUUGAUCGAGUACAGUCCGGACACAGAUUCCCACCAGAAGAAGUCGUGGAAGACAGUCACUGCAGACGAAACAAGCGUGGUUCUGAGACAGCUGCUUCCAGAGACCACCUACAAAGUGAAACUCACCCCAAUGAACUCCAACCACAACAAGCACCUUGCGACACAAGUAACUACAUUGGAAGAGGAGACCAGCCCACAGGUGGUGCUAAUUUCCGAGUCGCAGCCAAGGAGCUUUCAUGUCAGCUGGGCGCCAACGCCAGCCAGCGUGGCUUCUUACGAGGUUCUAUACGGAAUCCUGCCGGGAGGCGAAACCAACUUGCUGACCGUCAGCGGCGACCAGAACACCACCGUAGUGGACGGCUUGGAGCCCAACACCACCUACUUGGUCACCGUGUCAGCCAUGUACCAAUCGGGCAGGACAGAAGCACUGUCGGCCAAAGCUUGCACUCAACAUGUGAGCGACGAGGAUUACAAACUGAAGCUGAUUAAUAUCAGUCCCACCGGCAUGGCGGCAUUGUGGGACCCUGCAAGAGGCAAGGUGCUGCACUACAGUGUACGGUGCCCGCGGCAGAGAAAUAGUUUAUCACCUGACAACCAAUCAACCAAUUCAUUCUGCGCUCCAAAGUACCAGAGCUGCCAAAACGGAUGAAUAAUUCCUCAAGAUAAUGGAGAGCUGUGAAACUACAGGAGGAUUUGCAACAAAUAAAAAAAACCUCAUGAGAUGUUAAAAGCUAGCAUUCCUAAAAAUCUCUUCACAGUUUACUUGUAGAAUUCGUUGAUGGGCAGUUAAAAUGGUGUAAAUCCCUGAUCUACUAUGAUUCCAGCCUCUGACAAAGCACAACUUUUCCCUCGUCAAGCGUGAUAAUCUGGAACAGUACUCGUUGUACAGAGUUUGUGGGAAUUUUUUGUCCCGGAGAUGCCUUAAUAACACUAUGUCGCUUUUUUUUCUCACAUUCCUACUGAACGGAGCCAAGAUCCAUGCGGUUGUGAUAUUUCCAAGAUGCUACCCCACUUCUGCGAAUCGAACAGCGAAACUGUGGCUCUCGAGCAGCUGGUGUAUCUCACUGUUGGCACCCGUGCCGUGGUGAGAUUUGUUUAAGUGCAAUUGCCAAAAUUGGAGAACAGCUCUACCCUUAAAGGGUUGUGUUGCAAGAGUCAGUACAAGAGGUCGUUUCACGCCCACUGUGGUUCCAUAUACCUUUUAGCUUUUUAUUUAAAGGAUUUGCAUCGGGGGGGGAAAAGGUCUCUUGAAAUGCUAAUCUGGUACUGAACAUUGACCAAGAUCCCAGAUUUAAUCCCAGUUCUUAAAGAGAGAGGAGUACGUGUGUGUGGGACAGGGAGAGCUGCAGGUGGUUUGUGUGCCUCAAGGGGAUGAAAUAUCAAUCAGGUUCUUCUUGGUGUGUAUGUGUGUGUGUGUGUGUGUGUGUCCAUACGUAUGUGUGUGUAAAGUGAGUCAAAGUGACAACAUAGACUUCUGAGACAAAGUAAACUAUGAGAUCUUGUCUAUCGUCAUGGAGAAAAAGCAUCCCGAUAGCUAAAGCAAACUUUGCUAAAUAUGUGCAUGUGUUUUUUGUGUUAUGAGAUAGACAACGUGGUCAUGUGAUAUCUUCACUGGUUUGUUCAGCAACUGCCUAAUCCUCUUAGAAUGCUGUGUAAAUGUAGCAGUUUAUAUAUUUGGUUUCUAUGCACAAUUACAUGUGUGCAGUUCACGCAUUAAAUUAAAUGUAAAUGUGAAUGUAA